GCCGACAUGGAGCCUGUGGAGCCUCAGAAGGCUGCGAGUCCUGAUACCAUGGAGCAGCUUGUUUCGCCGCCGCCUAAGCACUUGGACUUUGACUGGGCUAAGCUCAGCGGUCUGGUGCAGAAGCGCUUGGUUUCAAAUGCAGCUGCAAAGGAGAAAGACAACGCAGUGGUGUCAGAGAAACCUGUUGCUACGCCCGCUCAAGCAGGAGAUGAGGACGUGAAAAAUGAGGAUGUGAAGCCUGAUGGCGGCAAGUCGUCCAAGCAAAAAAAGGCCAAGGCCAAGGCAAAGCCUAAAAAGAUUUCAAAGAAGGCCAAGAAGGUGAUAGCUGAUGAGGAAAUGGAAAGAGAGUUGUGUUUGGUGGACGCUUCCUGUGAACCCCAGCACUCCCAGGAGCAGCCUUUGCCCGGCGAGGCUCCCCUGCUAGAGGAAAAGUGUGACAAG